CCCUCCGGCCUCUAGGCGGUUGCCAUGGCUGCCGGCUUGAGCGGGAUGUUCGGAAACCAGGGCCCGGGCCCUCCGCCUCCUCCGCCGCCGCCCCCGCCUCCCCCUCCGGUCGCCCCCGGCGGGCCAGGCCCUGCGGGCCUCCUGCCCCUCAACCCCGCUGGGGCGCGGGCUCCCAACGGCACCCUGGUGGAUGAGCUGGAGGCCUCCUUCGAGGCUUGCUUUGCUUCCCUUGUGAGUCAAGAUUAUGUCAAUGGAACAGACCAAGAAGAAAUUAGAACUGGUGUCGACCAGUGCAUUCAGAAGUUUUUGGAUGUUGCCAGACAAACAGAAUGCUUCUUCCUGCAAAAAAGGUUACAGCUCAGUGUCCAGAAACCAGAGCAAGUCAUUAAAGAGGAUGUUUCGGAACUGAGGAAUGAGCUGCAGAGGAAAGAAGCGCUGAUCCAGAAGCACUUGGGGAAGCUGCGGCACUGGCAUCAAGUGCUGGAAGACCUCAACGUGCAGCAUAAAAAGCCGGCUGAAAUGCCACAAGGACCUUUAGCUUACCUCGAGCAAGCUUCAGCAAAUAUCCCGGCGCCUCUUAAGCAGACAUGAGCGAGAAAGCUCAUUCUGCUCUUAGAACAGGAUUUAUACUUUUUGACCAAGUGAUGUGGAUCUUCUAAAAACCUUGUACAGUUUGUUGGGUAUAAUUAAAAAAAAAAACGUUCAGCAAUAUU